UAUUUGUUAGGUGUUUUUGAAUCGGUGAAUUCCGUAUUUGAUGAGAAUCAACAAGACGAUGUAGUUGAUGAUAGCGUCUAUGAUGGUGAAGAAAAAAUAGAUGCGAACGCCGAGGCUCGUAUGGAAAUAAUUACUUCACUUUUUCCGGUCUGUGGUGGAGGAAAACCAUUUUCUGCUGUUCGUCGUCGCUUAUUGCCCAAAUAUUUUGAACAACCUGAGGAGCUAUUUGAUGAAUUUGGAUUUCGUCUCCCAGAUCUGGAUGGAACUGUUGAUCCUACAGCCGAACAAAUGCCUCUGGAGUCUUCUUCUCAAAGAAUGCAUUGGUUGGCAUUAAUACAAAACACGCAUAGUCAGGUGGAGGAAGCACUAACAUGGGCUAAUGUUGACAUUAAGCAAGGUUAA